CCAGUAUCCCUCCCCGCUGGAAGAAAAAGCGGUUUGUGAUGGAUGGAUAGAAGGGGCGCACGGGGAGGAAAAGAGGAGGCGCAUACAUUUGCAAAAGCUUUGACACAUCAGUGUUGACAAAACAAGUCAUGUGACGACCAUGAAGAUGGCGCAGCUUAUGGUAUUUUUGCUGUUUUCUCAGUAAUUUCCUGCCGCAGCUCUUCAGCUACAUCCAAUAUGUUAUAAUUACCGAGCGAUUAGGCCAAUUGUCGCUGCGCGGAAGCCCCCAGCCGAGCAGCAGCCGAGGAGGAAGCGCGGAGAAGCGACUCGAAGAGGCUGCGAGGAGAGCCGAAACCCCUUAAUACAGCGGCUGCAGUAACACCUUUUUUUUUUCUUUUUUUUUUUUUGUGGCAAACAGAAAAACGAUCACCGUGUGCGUACGUGCGUGUGCGUGCCUGCGUGUCUCUGUGUGUGUCUGUGCGCGUUGCAUGAGGUGGACAGGGAGACUGCAUCAGACUGGAGACACACGCCGGGACAUAAUAGAGCAGAGACACUGAGCCUUUCAGCCUUUUCCCCAGCGCAUAUUCCGCUCGAAACAUGUAGUCUGGACAACCACAGGAUCAGCCGAGACUAUUUCAUUUGUAGCUGCUUCUUCUGUUUUUUUUUUUUUUGUUUUUUUCCUAGCAGCAUCAUCUCACGAUAACGACAUAAUGUGGCUUGUUCUACCAGAGGAGAAAUAAUCAAAUAUGUGGAUACCAACAGAAGAGGAGAAAAUCGGAGUUGGGGUCUGCAACUUCCGGUCACCAAUAUGUCAGGCUCUCGUCCUGGAGCUGGGAGAAACCGUCCAGAUUCUGGAGAAGUUUGACGGUUGGUACAGAGGCUUUUCCACCAAGAAGCCAUCCAUCAAGGGUAUUUUUCCUGUCAGCUAUGUCCACUUAAAGAAAUCUACAGUGACAAAUAGAGGGCUGUGUGAGACAGUGGUGCCUCUGGAGGAUCCCAUCAUCACAGAGACCACCUCAACGCUGCAGGAAUGGGGCAUUCUGUGGAAGCAGCUCUAUGUGAAACACAAGGUGGAUCUGUUUCAUAAACUGCGCCAUGUGAUGAACGAGCUCAUCGACCUGCGUCGGCAGCUCAUCCAGGGCCACCUCGCUCAGGACCAGACUCGUGAGAUCAAGAGGCACAUCACCGUACGGCUGGACUGGGGAAACGAGCACCUCGGCCUCGACCUCGUUCCCAGAAAAGAGUUUGAAAUGGUGGAUCCGGAUCAGAUCAGCGUGUCGGAGUUAUACAAACUGCAUGUAUCCAGCAGACACUGUGGUCAGCAAAGCACAAACCAGGGUGACAGCAUGAGGCAGCGUCAUGGCGAUGGUUGUCGCAUCCCUGUGUCACACCACCUCUUCAUCAAUCUGAAGAGCUUCACCUACAACAGCAUCAGUGAAGACGCAGACGUCUUCUUCUCUCUAUAUGACUCUCGUGAAGCCAAACAAAUCAGUGAGAAGUUCAUGGUGAAACUGAAUAAAAAUGGAGGACCAAAGAAUCCAGAGAAAGUUGAUCGCCUUUGUGCACUCUUUACGGACCUAAGCAGUAAAGACUUGAAGAGAGACCUGUACAUUGUUGCACAUGUAAUAAGAACUGGUCGUAUGCUGCUGAAUGACUCAAAGAAAGGCCCCCCACACGUCCAGUAUAGACGACCUUAUGGAUGUGCCGUGCUUGCCAUGAGCGAUGUUUUCCACACCAUUACAGACCUCAAAGAGGAGAAGGACUUUGUACUCAAAGUUUACACCUGCAACAACGAAAAUGAGUGGUACCAGGUCCACGAGAACAUCAUCCGCAAGUCCAACACCAAGUACUCAGCUCCCAGCACCAAUUAUGGCCUCAUCAUUUCCCUGCAGCUGCUGCGAGGUGAGCUGGAGCAGAUCAGACGGGAGAACCAGGCUGUGUUCAACAGGGCGUUGGCGCUCACACGCAAACUGGGUUUCCCAGAUGUCAUCUUGCCAGGUGAUACACGCAAUGACCUGUAUCUGACCCUGGAACGAGGGGAGUUUGAGAGGGGUGGCAAGAGUGUCCAGAAGAACAUUGAAGUCACCCUGUAUGUUCUCUACGCUGACGGGGACACGCUCAAAGACUGCAUCAGUUUGGGCACCGGCGAGCCGAGCACCUCGGAGUAUCGCUCGUUCGUUCUUUACCACAACAACAGCCCUCGCUGGAGCGAGAUGGUCAAGCUGCCCAUCCCUAUCGACCGUUUCAGGGGGUCCCACCUUCGCUUUGAGUUCAGACACUGUUCAACUAAAGACAAAGGAGAGAAAAAGUUGUUUGGUUUUGCCUUCACUCCUCUGAUGAGAGAGGAUGGGACCACACUCUCAGACGAGGUCCAUGAGCUGUAUGUGUACAAGUGUGAUGAAAAUGCCACAUUCAGCAACCAGGGGCUGUACCUGAGCCUCCCCUGCUGCAAGGAGGACUUCAACAGCUGCCCCAACCUGCCAGCCAACCUGCCUUUCCAGAGGAGCCCUAAAGAAACAUUCUGGGUCUCCACCAUCCUCUGCUCCACAAAACUCACUCAGAACGUGGACCUCCUGGCCCUCCUGAACUGGAAGGCCCAUCCGGACAGGGUGUUGGACAUCCUCGGUCGACUGCGACAGAUCAGCGGAGAGGAGAUUGUGAAGUUCCUGAGAGAUGUCCUGGAUACACUUUUCUGUCUUUUAGAUGACAACACGGACAAAUACGGACCGCUCGUUUUCCAGUCUCUGGUGUUCAUCAUUAACCUGCUCAGGGACAGCCGGUUCUACCACUUCAGACCAGUAAUAGACUCCUACAUCCAAAACCACUUUGCCGGCGCUUUGGCGUACAAAGAGUUGAUUCGAUGCCUGAAGUGGUACAUGGACCGCUCGGCUGAGGUAGUCCGGCAGGACCACAUACAGGAAGCGAUGAGGGCACUGGAGUACCUGUUCAAGUUCAUAGUCCAGUCUCGCAUCCUGUACUCGAGGGCCACCUGUGGGAUGGAGGAGGAGCAGUUCAGGGCCAGCAUCCAGGAGCUUUUCCAGUCAAUCCGCUUUGUCCUGAGUCUGGACAGCCGCAGCUCAGAGAAUCUUGUCUUCACACAGGCUGCACUGUUGAACAGUUUUCCAGACAUCUUCGAUGAGCUGCUGCAGAUGUUCACCGUUCAGGAGGUAGCUGAAUAUGUCAGGGGCACACUAGGGAGCAUGCCCAGCACAGUGGACAUUGGUCAGUCCAUGGACGUGGUCAAACUUCAGUCGAUUGCUCGUACAGUUGAAAGCCGACUCUUCUUCUUUCCUGAGUCCCGGAGUAUUCUGCUGCCAGUCGUCCUGCAUCACAUCCAUCUACAUCUGCGCCAGCAGAGGGAGCUGCUCAUUUGUUCUGGGAUCCUGAGCAGCAUCUUUUCAAUAAUCAAGACCAGCUCCAUGGAGUCCUCUGUUCAAGAAGAAGUGGAAAUGAUGGUGGAGAGCCUUCUGGAUGUGCUGUUGCAGACUCUGCUGUCCAUCAUGAGCAAAUCUCAUUCUGUGGAGACAUCCAGAGGACAACGCUGUCCCCAGUGCACCGCGGAGAUAACGGGGGAGUACGUUUCCUGCCUCCUUUCUCUCCUCAGACAGAUGACAGAGAUCCACUUCCACCACCUUCUCAACAGUUUCCAUAGCAAGGAGGAACUAAAGGAGUUUCUGUUGAAGAUUUUCUGUGUUUUUCGAAACCUGAUGAAGCUGACUAUCUUCCCCAGAGACUGGAGCGUCAUGCGUCUCCUAACCAGCCACGUCAUCGUAGUGACGACUCAGUUUCUGUCUCCGGCGCUGCACAAAAACUUCUCCGAGGGAGAUUUUGAUUUCAAGGUGUGGAACUCCUUUUUCAGCCUCACUGUCCUCUACAUCAACCAGCCCAGUCUGCAGCUGGAAGCACUCCCUCCUGCCAAGAGAAAGAAAACCCUGGACAAGCAUGGGGAUUUGAGAGUAAUAAUGGCAUAUGAGCUCUUCAGCAUGUGGCAGAAAUUAGGUGACAACAAGCCACACUUCAUCCCAGGAAUGAUGGGACCCUUCCUUGGUGUCACCUUAGUUCCUCAGACCGAGGUCCGGAAUAUUAUGAUCCCAAUUUUUCAUGAUAUGAUGGACUGGGAGCAAAGGAAAAAUGGGAAUUUCAAACAAGUGGAGGCAGAGCUGAUGGAUAAGCUGGACAGCAUGGUGUCGGAUGGGAAAGGCGAUGACAACCACAGAGAGCUCUUCAGCUUGUUAACACAGCUGUUUGGUCCUUAUCCAAGCUUGCUGGAGAAGAUUGAGCAGGAGACAUGGAGGGAAACUGGCAUCUCAUUUGUGACAUCAGUCACAAGACUUGUUGAGAGAAUACUUGAUUACAGGGACUGCAUGAAAGGGGACGAGAUGGAGAACAAGAAGAUCAGCGGUUCAGUCAACCUUAUGAACUUCUACAAAUCAGAGGUGAACAAGGAGGACAUGUACAUCCGCUACAUCCACAAACUAAGUGACCUGCAUCUUCAGGCAGAGGAUUUCACAGAGGCAGCGUUCACUCUGCUGCUGUACUGGGAGCUGCUGCAGUGGGAGGACCGGCCUCUGAGGGAUUUUCUCCACUACCCCUGUCAGAGCGAGUGGCAACGCAAAGAAAACCUGAGUCGUAAAAUCCUUCACUACUUCAACAAGGGAAAGUGCUGGGAAUAUGGGAUCUCUCUCUGCCGGGAGCUGGCUUUCCAGUAUGAGACUUUAUAUGAUUAUCAGAGUCUCAGCUGGAUACGGAAAAUGGAGGCAGCGUAUUAUGACAACAUCAUCGAACAGCAGAGGAUCGAGCCGGAGUUCUUUAAGAUGGGCUUCUAUGGGAGGAAGUUUCCUUUCUUCCUCAGGGUAAGAGACUGCAGUGGUCGGAAAUCCGCAUUACAGCAGGAAACCGUGUCUGUUAUUCCCACAUGUAACUAAUGGGAUAGUGGACAU